UGUUGCAGCCUCCGCGUCCAAAGAUCAGCUGGAUGUUCGUGAUUUGGAGGAGCCGCGACAACAUUUGGAAUGGCAACUGGGCUGCGGUACCCGGGCAAGGUCGUCAUAGUAACGGGGGGCACCCGGGGUAUUGGCGAAGGCAUCGUGAGAGAAUUUGUUCGCCAUGGAGCCAAAGUGGUCUUCUGUGCCCCAGGAUCUGAAGGUCUAGAAGAAGGAAAGCGUGUUGUAAAUAGGGAAAGGGGGAAAGUUAUUGAAAAGGAGCUGAAUGAUUCUGCAGGGCCUGGGGAAGGUCACUUUGAGGUCUGCGAUGUCCUUCAUGAAACAGACAUUAAGCAGGCCGCCCUGCCUCACCUCCGCAAAACAAAAGGGAACAUCAUCAACAUCGCCAGCCUUGUUGGUCUCAUUGGACAGAAGUAUGCGGUGCCAUAUGUUGCAACCAAGGGUGCUGUUACUGCAAUGACAAAAGCUAUGGCCAUCGACGAGAGCAGAUAUGGUGUCCGAGUCAACAGCAUCUCACCUGGCAAUAUCUGGACUCCUAUGUGGGAGAAGCUUGCAAGCCAGACAGUUGACCCAGAAGCAACGAUCCAGGAAGGCAUAGAUGCUCAGCUUUUGGGACGAAUGGGGACCCCAGCGGAGUGUGCGGCAGCCGCUCUGUACCUCGCUUCUGAGGCCACCUUCUGCACGGGCGUCAACCUGGUGCUUAGUGGUGGAGCUGAACUUGGAUACGCACAGAAGAGCCACAGAGAGCUGAAUCCUGGCUUGGAAGACUAGUUGGGAGCCAGCAAGAAAAGCAUGGGUGACUUCAGUGGUUAGUUGAUAAGGUGGGCUGAUCAGAACAGCUGCAGCUCCAGUGUUGAUUUUACUCAAGCCAUCCUUUCAAAAAGACAGAACGUCCGCAGGAUAGCAACUAUGUUUUUAUCUGUCGUAGCCAAAACAGUAAGAGCCCUGUGGCACUUUUAAAGACUUAGCAAAUCCAGAUAUGCCCCAAGGAUGAAGGGGAUUCUUCUCCACAGACACACAGCAGGUUUCCACACCUGUCUCUUACAAUUGUUUAGCAGGCAGAAAGGCAACAGCUCAAGCUUUUCCAGUACUUUUAUGUUCCCAUGUAGGGCAGGAGGAAGGGACCUCUGGCCCACAACCCAAUUAUGGCCUGCAAGGCUGUUUUCCCCAAACCCACCCCACCUGUCCCACACCUGACCCCAUUUGCGAUGUCAGUUGUGGGGCAGGCAGAGGCAUCGCUGGAUCAGCUGUGAAAUCCAGAUUCACACAGCCAGUCCUUGUAGAAAGCAGGUUUGAAGUCACUGCCUAUCUUGAGCCUGAAGAGAAGCAUUGCUUCGAAGCACUGAGCAAACAUCACGGGAUGCAAUUGUGACACCAGGCGUUUGACAGGUGGGUAGCCCACCCACCUGCCUAUCAAAUUUGGUCCCUUGAAGGCUAGGGGAGAUAAGGAUCUGGCCCACUGGACCAGUGAAUAUCCCUGUUUGCCAUGGAGCUAAAGGCAUAGGAGCAUAGUCAGAAGAACAGUGGCAAACCCGGUCUUUAAUAUUGCUUUACAUGUUCCAGCUCUUAAUACUGAAAACAGGUUCUACAGCUGAGCCACAAGGAGUCCUAGAUAACCAUAGGCCUGUUUGUCAUGCAAAUAUGCUCAA